UCUAAGUCUCCCCUCUCUCAUCGGCCUUCAUAUCACAUGGCAGAGGUUAUCGGCGGCGAAGUUGUGACGGAGCUCGUGAAGAAGCUCUUUCUGAUUUCUAACAAAGCCUUCAGGUGCAGAAGCAUCGCCGGAAAGCUCGCAACCAUGAUCGAAGAUGUUCAACCCACGAUCAAGGAGAUCAUGUGUAGCGGCGUUGAGCUGAGUCCCCAUCGCCAACUUCAGUUGCGUAUGUUCUUUGAGACCCUAGAGAAGGGCGUAAAGCUCACAGAAGAGGUUCUCAACUCCCGCCGUUGGAACAUGGUUCGACGGUUAUACCACGUUAAGAAGAUGGAGGAUCUCGAGAAGAAAAUCUUAAGCUUUCUUAGAGGACCACUAUUGACCAACGUUCUCGCUGACGUUCAUCAUUUCCAGGCCUUUUGUGAAGUACGUUUUGAUCGGAUGGACAUGAACUUCCAGAUGCUGAAGGAGCAGGUGGGUUCAAUGAAGAUAAGGGGGAGUGGGUUGUUAAGGGAGGCGAUGAAGACGGCCGAGGCUACGAUGGAGACAGUGACAGAAGGUGAUUUUGAAAAUUUGGGGGUAGGAUUGGAUUUAGGCAAGAGGAAGGUGAAGGAGAUGCUGUUUAGUUUGAAUGAUGAGGGACGACUUUUUGGGAUCUCAGGGAUGAGCGGCUCAGGGAAGACCACUCUAGCUAGAGAACUUGAGCGGGACAUGGAGGUCCGAGACUACUUCGAGAACCGGAUUUUGUUUCUUACUGUGUCCCAGUCUCCUAAUAUUGAGGAGCUGAGGGCCAUGAUUUGGGGAUUUCUUACUGGCCAUGAGGAUGCGUAUGGUGCCACUCCUCUGGAACCGGAUGGUCAAACAAGGAAGCUAGUGAUCCUUGAUGAUGUUUGGACAAGGGAAUCCUUGGACCAGCUAAUGUUUAAAUUGCCUGGAACCACAAAUCUUGUUGUGUCUCGGUCUAAAUUCGCAGAUCCUAAAGCCACUUUUGAUGUGGAGUUACUAAAUGAAGAUGAAGCAACGUCUCUGUUUUGUCUCUCUGCUUUUGGUCAGAAAUCAGUUCCUUCCGGAUUCAACAUAAAUUUGGCCAAGCAGGCUGUUGAGGAGUGUAAAGGUUUGCCUCUGGCUCUGAAAGUCAUUGGUGCUUCACUAAAAGACCGCCCUGAAAAAUAUUGGCAAGGUGCAGUGAAGAGGUUAUCAAGAGGUGAACCUGCUGAUGAAACUCAUGAGAGUAGAGUGUUUUCUCAAAUGGAAGCAACUCUAGAAACUCUCGACCAUAAAACCAGAGAGUGUUUUUUGGAUCUCGGUGCUUUCCCUGAAGACAGUAAGAUCCCUCUUGACGUUAUCAUCAACACGUGGGUCGAGAUGCAUGAUCUCGACGAGGAAAUUGCUUUUGCCGUUCUUGUUGAUUUAUCAGACAAAAAUCUCCUUACUCUCGUGAAAGAUCCAAGGCUUGGUGCUUUGUACACGGGCUACUAUGAUAUAUUUGUGACGCAAAACGAUGUUCUUAGAGACCUAGCAAUUCAUCUCAGCAACCGUGGGAAAGUCAAUAGACGAGAGCGAUUAUUGAUGCCAAAAAGAGAGUCAGUGCUUCCUAGAGAAUGGGAGAGGAACAAUGAUGAGCCCUACAAUGCCCGGAUAGUUUCCAUUCACACAGGUGAAAUGACUGAAUUGGAUUGGUUUGACAUGGAACUUCCUAAGGCAGAGGUUUUGAUAUUAAACUUCUCUUCAGACAAUUAUGUAUUGCCACCUUUUAUUGCUAAGAUGGGCAGGCUUAGGGCGCUCGUGAUUAUCAACAACGGUAUGUCUCCUGCGCAUCUACAAGACUUGUCCAGUUUUACCAAUUUGGCCAAACUGAAGAGUCUCUGGCUUGAGAUGGUUCACGUCCCUGAACUUUCCAACAGUACGGUCCCACUGAAGAACCUCCACAAGUUGUCUCUAAUCCUCUGCAGAAUCAACAAUAUUUUUGAUCAGUCAGCAUUGGACAUUGCCCAAAUCUUCCCAAACUUGUCUGAUCUCACAAUAGAUCAUUGUGAUGAUCUCGUGGAACUACCUUCGACCAUCUGUAGGAUCACCUCUCUCAAGUCUAUAAGCAUAACAAAUUGUCCCCGCAUCGAUGAAUUGCCUAAGAAUCUGAGUAAGCUAAUGAAACUUGAACUUCUAAGGCUAUACGCUAGCCCGGAGCUCAAAUAUCUGCCUGAGGAAAUUUGUGAGCUUCCAAGUCUAAAGUAUCUUGACAUCUCUCAGUGUUUAAGCCUCAGUUCUCUUCCAGAAGAGAUUGGAAAGCUAAGUACGCUUGAGAAAAUUGACAUGAGAGAAUGUCCCGUACCGAGCAUACCGAGCUCUACAAUUUCAUUGGCUUCUCUGCGCCAUGUUAUUUGCGACAAAGUGAACUUGCGUAUGUGGGAAGAGGUCCAAAAGGCAGUUCCAGGACUUCUUGUUGAGGCUGCUGAAAAAUGCUUCAGCCUGGAUUGACUCAAUGGAUAUGUGCUUGAUCUCUAUGAUAACAUUUGUAUAGAUAACUCAUUGCUAAGUUUUGUAUCGUCUUAAUCAUCUUGCCCUUCUUUGUCUUAGAAUAUGAUUAUCUACUAAUCAUUAAAGAAUCAGAUUUAUG